UUUCAGGUUCAUAAUGAGUCUCUCCGAAAGAGACUUUUCAAUGGAAUAUACCAUAAAGAAUGCUUCUGAAUUUUCCGAUGGGGAAAUUCAGUGGAGUGGUGAAAGAGUGUGGCGUAAUUUAGUAUGGAAAUUGAAAAUCAGCAAGUCUGAUGGUUUUCUUGGUGUAUCCCUAUACUGCUCUCGAACUUCCAAUACCUGGAUCAAAGACUGCCAGAUUUCUGGAGUAGUCACUUGUGAAAUAGUGUCAGGCAAUGGGAAAACUCAUAUGGGCGGAUAGUGUCAAAAUUGUAGUUAUUGUGGAUAAUUUCACAGCAUCAGAUCAGUAAAGUUAAUGCCGUCAAACAAUUUUUCAAGUUUCAGAGGAUAUAGAUUUUCUUUGUGGUUUUAAAAUACUUCAUACAUUUAAACAUCUGGCCAGAUUUGAAGAAAAUGAAACACAAUUUAGUGAUUCGAAAGAAUGGGCUGGAACUUCAUGGUUUGUCUUAUAUUACGAUCCAAAUUUCUAUUUGGUUGGCUAUAUAAUUGUCACUGUUACUCCACCUUGAACUUAUUUUUGCUAACAAAAAGUCAUCAAAAAUUUGACACAUCAAAAAUUUGGCACGUCAAAUUAAUGUUCAAUUUGCGUAUUAGGCCGAAGGAUAACU